AUGGAUUGGAAUAGGAAGCCGGUGAUCGAGCACAACACAGGAUGCAACGCUGACGUCUCAGAGGGGAAGAGAGGAAGGGACUACCAUACAGUGAUGCCACGUACUAUCCUUCAGGUUAAUAUAACCGGCAUACCAGGCCACAUACAUUUUACUAUUGAAGUUGAGAGACCUUUGCGUGUACUUGAUGGUGCCAUUCUUGUCCUAUGCAGUGUUGGUGGUGUACAGAUUGAGUUAAUCACUGUUGACAGGCAAAUGAGAAUUAUGGAAAAACGAACAUGGCAUGAUGACCAGUGGCGGUGGGUUCUAAUAGGAAAGGCUUACCGUAUCACGCUGGGAGGUUUGUAUGCCUCUGGUCCCUUGAGUUGGGAGCAAGAGGACAUGUUGACCAAUCUUUCUGUUGUG